AUCCAGCACGGUCAGGUGUGCAGCAACAACAACAGAGGCGAUUGGUCCGUUGGUAUCCAGGUGUCAUCAUCUCCCGCGCCGAGACUCAACACGCCAUGGUCGUCAAGCACAGCUAUUUGGUCAGUGUCCUAGUGCUGCUCGUCGCGGGCUACUGUACGGCGGCGCUAGCCUCGGCCACGGCGACGACGUUCAUCGUCGGUGACGACCAGGGCUGGACGAUGACCGGCGUGGACUACGUCGCUUGGGUCCAAGGAAAGACAUUCGCGACCGGAGACAAACUAGUGUUUAACUACCCGAGCGAGGAGCACACGGUGACGGAGGUGGGCAAGACCGACUACUUCGCCUGCGCCGGAGGCAACGCGCUGAGCAACGACCGCAGCGGAUCGACCAACAUCACGCUCACGGCGCCCGGCACGCGCUACUUCAUCUGCAACAUCCCAGGCCACUGCACCGCUGGCAUGAGGCUCGCCGUCACGGUCGCCGGGGACGACGGCUCGCCUCCGGGAGCCACCACCACGCCGACGGCCGGCGACGCCGCGGGCGCCUCGGUUCGGCCGGCGAUGGGCUCCUGCUUCGUCGUCGAGGCGAUCGCCUGGGCUAUGAUCAAGCUCGCGCUGUCCUGAUGUACGUCGCCGCACGGUUCAUGGCUAUUGUACUCCGUAAUUGGCCAGAUUUUGAUUUGAUACGUUUCCCGUGCGCUUGCAGAGUUUCCGUUUACUCGUGCCUGCUCUUUACGUCUCUUUGGUUCAUUUGUGAUUUGAGAAUAUAUAUAUCUCACGGUACUCGUUGACGACGCUAAA